CAAGUUAUAGCCAUUAUGUCCUUCAACGGCUUCCGUAAUUUUGGAAAAUUGACUUUUGGGUUAGUGACUUCCUUUUUUUCGGAAAACGAAAACAAACAGGCAUUGAUUGUAAUAAUUGACAACUCAACAGUCGUUAAAAUGGAGGGAAAAUUAACAGAGAAAUAUAUGGACCAACUCGAGCAAUGGAUAGGUACAGGACCCAAGACAUUUACACUUCUCUAUGCCAUAACACGUGAUGGAUGCGAUCCUAAGACUUUCCAUCACAAAUGUAACAACCAGGGUGCCACCGUCACAGUUCUGUAUAACCAACAUGGGUCGGUUUAUGGUGCUUAUACCAGUGUCAGUUGGCAAGUAAAUUCAGGGUCGUACAUUUACGACAAUAAAGCGUUUUUGUACCAGCUUAUGUUUAAUGAAAGCUGUAAGAUGAAUAAAUUUCCAGUAAACAAGCCAGACAACGCGGUUAUUCAUAAUGAUAACUAUGGACCAAUCUUUGGCACAGGUUAUGAUCUACACACUUUUAAUGGUAAUACGACAGUACACAGAUCUGGAAACAUCUUUCUAUUAAAUGGAGACAUGGCAGGGUUUGGUAAUGUGUUCAAUAACAAGGGAAUGACCGCUGACCAGAUAAACAACGGUACAAUGGAAGUGACUGAACUUGAAGUUUACAUGGUAACAGAUGGUCAACGUACAAAGAAAAUAGAGAAAAAACUUUCACCGUGGCGAAAAAUAAAGGACUGGAACGAAAAGUUUUAUAAUGACCUCAAAGAAGAGAUAGUAAACUUUAAACCUAUCCAAGGUUCGAAUGUAAGCGAGGCUCGAAUCUUGAUGUUAGGGCCAGUUGGUGCUGGCAAGUCCAGCUUCUUCAACACUAUAGAUUCAAUUUACCGCGGCCGAAUCACACAGCGAGCUAGCAGCGGAAGUUCAGAGCACAGUCUCACUACUGCAUUUGUUCCGUAUUCUAUCGAAAUUAGUUCUGGGGCUACCUUGAACUUUCAGUUGUGUGAUACACGAGGUCUAGAAGAAACUAUGGGGAUUGAUGUACUAGAGUGUAAUUAUCUUCUAGAUGGAAACAUACCGUAUUACUACGAGUUUAACCCAACGAGACCAAUCACUCCAGAAUCUCCUGGGUUCAAAUCUGACCCUACUGGGAAUGACAAAGUUCAUUGUGCAGUGUUUGUAAUUGACUCUAACAACAUUAGAGGUGUUGUCAACAAAAAUUGUUGA